AUGACAAUCAACCCUAUGACAACCAAUCCUAUGACAACCAAUCCUAUGACAACCGAUGCUAUGACAACCGAUGCUAUGACAACCGAUGCUACAACAACUGAUGCUACAACAACCGAUGCUACAACAACCGAUGCUACGACAAUCAAUCCUAUGACAACCAAUCCUAUGACAACCAAUCCUAUGACAACCAAUCCUAUGACAACCGAUGCUAUGACAACCGAUGCUAUGACAACCGAUGCUACAACAACUGAUGCUACAACAACCGAUGCUACAACAACUGAUGCUAUGACAAUAAACCCUAUGACAACCAAUCCUAUGACAACCAAUCCUAUGACAACCGAUGCUAUAACAACCAAUGCUAUAACAAUCAAUGCUAAGACAACGCCAACAGAAUAUUGCACAUGUGUGGGAGAGAAAGGGAACCAGGGAGAGGAAGGAGCAAUGGGAGAGACAGGAGCAAAGGGAGAAAAGGGAGUAAAGGGGGAGGAAGGAGCAAUGGGAGAGGCAGCAGCAAAGGGAGAAAAGGGAGUAAAGGGGGAGACAGGAGCAAUGGGAGCGACAGGAGCAACGGGAGAGAAAGGACUAAAUGGCACAGCAGGAGUAAAAGGAGACUUGGGAGCAAAUGGCAAGAAAGGUGAUCAAGGACAGCGAGGAAAAAGAGGAAGACUAGGAUUAAAAGGAGAGCCUGGAAUCUGUCGCAAAGGAACAGACGGAGAAAGAGGUGCACCAGGUGCUCAGGGCAGAAAAGGCGAGAAAGGGAAGCCAGGUGAAGCCAUUCCACUCACAAACUGGAAGCAGUGUUAUCAGACCAAAGGUUUAAACCUAACAAAAGGAGCAUUACUUAGCUGCUCAUUCACUAAAGAUGACAGCAAAACGUCACUGCACGUCGAAUUUGGAGGAACUCUACGAACAAUGUCCAACACGAUCAAGAAUAGACCUCACGAUGCCGUUUGUGCUCGAUGGUACUUUACAUUUGAUGGAGAAGAAUGCACACCACCAAUCGAUGGAGUCGUGUAUGAGGGACAGAUAGGCAAUUCACACUAUCCACACUACAUUGGCGGUUAUUGUGAUAAAACUGAAAAAGACAAAGAUACGUGUAUAAAAAAAGGCGAGAUUAAGAUUGACUUUCGCAUUGGGCCGUGUCGUCAUAAAAGACAGGAAGGCAUUCCUUAUCUUGGCUUGGAUUCUGUUUCAAGAAUAAUUAUCACCGAAGUGCCACCACCUCAGGAUAAACGUUAGACUGCAAACUGUACGUGACUGAUUCCUGCUAUGCUUGAUACACGUGCACAGCGUGAAGUAUGAUUGCUACGCAUCUAGCUGUACACCAAUGGUCCAUUUUGCUGUUGGGCGUCUGUUACAGUAAGCGUAUGGACCACACAUGUUGCUGAGUACUCAGAUAAGCAAAAUCUGUUGCAUGUAAA